GAGACCGAGUUUCAGUCUACGUCGAGCCGAGCCCCCGGAUCCGCUCUAUUUCGAGAACACGCGCUCGCGAUGACAUCAAAAGACAUAAUGGACUCGGACUGCAUGACGCUGACGAGAUUCGUGUUGGCGGAACAGCGCAAGGUGCCGGCGGCGACCGGCGAUCUCACCCAGCUGUUGAACAGCAUCCAGACCGCCGUGAAGGCCGUCAGUUCGGCCGUGAGGAAGGCCGGUAUCGCUAACAUGUACGGCAUCGCCGGCAACACGAACGUGCAGGGCGAGGAGGUGAAAAAAUUGGACGUCCUGAGCAACGAGCUCUUCAUCAACAUGCUGACGUCCUCCUUCACGACGUGCGUGCUCGUGAGCGAGGAGAACGAGCACGUGAUCGAGGUGGAGACGGAGAAGCGAGGCAAGUACAUCGUCUGCUUCGACCCGCUCGACGGCUCGUCCAACAUCGACUGCCUCGUCUCGGUGGGCUCGAUCUUCGGAAUUUACAAGAAGCAGCCCGAACAAUCCGGGGAUGCCGCGGUGACGCAGGCCGCCACCCUGCAGCCUGGACGAAACUUAAUCGCGGCGGGAUACGCUCUUUAUGGCUCGGCAACCAUGAUAGUGCUCUCGAUCGGCCGCGGCGUUAAUGGAUUCACCUACGACCCGGCCAUCGGGGAGUUUAUACUGACCGAGAGGAACAUGCGUAUGCCUGACAGAGGAAAUAUAUAUAGUAUUAACGAGGGUAACGAGAGCACGUGGGACUCCUCUAUCAAGGAAUACAUACAAUCGAAAAAAUAUCCUACGACCGGAAAACCCUACAGUGCCAGAUACGUGGGUUCUAUGGUUGCCGAUGUGCACCGAACGAUUAAAUAUGGCGGCAUCUUCCUCUAUCCAGCGAGCCAGAGCAAUCCGAAUGGCAAGCUGCGACUUUUAUACGAGUGCGUACCAAUGGCUUUCAUAACGAAGGAAGCAGGUGGUCUUGCAACAAAUGGCAACAUCGAUAUUCUGGACAUUGUUCCGGAAAGCAUUCAUCAGAGAUCUCCAAUUUUCUUGGGCUCGAAGGACGACGUUAACGACGUGAUGACGUACAUAAAAAAUCAAAACAACCGAUGAAAGCCGGAGGAGUCUGGGAUAUUCAACGCGAAUGCUUAAAAAACGAACGAGUUUUGUGUACUUUUUUCAUUUUUUCUUACUUUGCAAUAAAUGUAUUUUUCAUUAAA